AAUGAUAAUAAUAAGUGAAUCGAAAAGUAUAAGAAGCGCUGUUGAAAUGCAAUGGAAUGAACUUCAUAGGAGAAAGCGAGAUUUAAAUUAUGGAAGAUUUGACGCUAGUCUUUUCUCACGAGCGCAAAUAAAAACUUCCGUACCCAGCUGGGCAAAGAGGAUUAUGGCUAAAGGUCCAUUAGACCGGGCUGAUGAUGAUUGUAAGAAAUUACACGCACUAUUAAGAGGAUUAAAAAGUUUCGAUAAGUUUACUGAGCCUAUCCAAUUGGCCAUGUGUAAAGCGUUCACAUACUUUAGUGUCGAUUGUGGGAGAACAAUUUUAAGAAGGGGUCACGUAGGGCAAAACUUUUAUUUCAUCUUCUCCGGUUCAGUGUUCGUAAACGUUGAAGAAACAAACUCAAAAGGGCAAACAUUCUAUAAAACAGAAGUUGUUCUUAAAAGAGGAGAGUCAUUCGGUGAAUUGGCUCUCUUAAAAGAUAUCCGGCGAACUGCUACGGUAACGUGCCGAGAGAGUUGCGAGAUGUUUGUCGUCGAUAAGGAAGUGUUUGCGCAAGUUUGUCCACGGAUAUUCGAACGUGAAUUGGAUGAAAAGCUUCGAUUUUUAAAGUCUAUAAACAUCUUCCAAAACAAGUUUUGGUCUCCUGACAAACUGAGUAGUUUAGCUUUUGAUGCUCAAAUACAACAGUUCAAAACUAACAAAGUCGUGGUAAAGGACAGCUGGAAGGAUGAAUGGUUUUAUAUCUGUAUGACUGGGCAGUGUAAAGUAAUUAAGUGUCUUAGUGUUCACGACGUUCGAAAUAGACGAAUCAGCGUUAGAGAGGAUCAUGGUUUAAAGGGAAAAUUGAAAAUUUUAAAAACUUCAACUAUAUCUAGCUCUGAGGAUGAUGAUGAUCGGGACGAAUACUUUAGUGAGAAUGAAGAGCACAGAAUGAUUGAUUCUAUUGAAAAGAAAAGACUAUUAGCUGCAAUGGAAGUUCGAUAUAGAGAUUUGGACGAAGAAGAAGAUACAAACAAAAGCUCAUCGAACCUCGUUCUCAGAUUUAGGGAAGAUGAAAUAAAAGAAGAAAGCGAAGAGGAAUUUGAGGAAGAAGAUCGAUCAGGAAUAAUUACAUUGAAUACUUUAAUGAGAGAGAAAAAGAGAAGCAAUCCGGAUAGAAUAUUCGUUUUCAUGCAUAUCGGCAAUUUAGACAGCAAACAAGCUUUUGACAUAAAACCUUUGUUUGAGAAGGACAAAGAUAAAUCUAGCGGUCUAAUACUAGUUAGUAAUGGUUGUAAAAUGUUCAGAAUACGCAAAGAAACGUGGAAAAAGAUGAUGAAUCAUGAGUCAGAACAACUUGUGGAUCAUGUCAAGUCGAUUGCUGAUAAUGAUCCGUAUCCUUCUGAAAGAACAAUUAUAAGUAGUUACCUCCAAAAGUGCCAAUGGGAAAGCUAUAAAAGACAAACAGUCAAAUCAGCUCUGCUAUGUAGUAAUAGAUUUACUGAUAUUUUCAUACGAAAAUCAGCAAACAAAUCUAAUGAAGUCAUAAAUAGAUUAAGACGGCUCAGCGCAAAAUCCAAACCGGAUAUUGAACCAAUGAAAAAGAAAUUAAAUGAAUCCAAGGAAAGAGAUUAUGUAACAAAAUGGUUGGCAGAUAGUGUUCAAUUAAAGCAUAAAGACAAUGAAAUUCGUAUAGAAGAAACUAUAACAAUCGAAGAUCGAAGAAGAAUAUCGAUGAUAGUUCCAAAAGUGGAAAAGUUUACAUAA